UAAUUGGAGGAGCUUGCACCUGCAUGCACGUUGGAACUGUUAGGCAUGCCUCAUUCACCUGAAAAUGCUGAAAGGAGACGAGGAGCAAUUGCAGCCUUGCGUGAACUGCUCAGACAGGGCCUUGAGGUGGAAACUUCGCGCCAAGUCCAAGACUGGCCGUGCUUCUUGAGCCAAGCACUUAAUAGGCUAAUGGCUACAGAGAUAGUUGAUCUUCUUCCAUGGGACAGUUUAGCUGUUAUACGCAAGAAUAAGAAAUCACUUGAAUCACAGAAUCAAAGGGUUGUAAUCGAUAUCAAUUGUAUCUACGUGGCGUUAAUAGCUUAUGUAGCACUUGGAUUUUCAAGCAAGCAGACAGAGUUGAUAAACAAAGCCAAAACUAUCUGCGAAUGUUUGAUAGCAUCAGAGGGAAUUGAUCUCAAACUUGAGGAAGCUUUUUGUUUGUUCCUUCUUGGACAGUGUAAUGAGGCCGAGGUCGUUGACAAGCUUCAACAGCUUGAAUUGAAUUCAAAUCCUGCUGCUCGAAAUUCAAUCUCAGGAAAGGAAAUAAAACACGUUUCUGGUGCAAAACCAUCGUUGGUGUGUCCUCUCUCUCUCUUCUAUCUUCAGAAUUCUGAUUUUUGCUGCCCUUAAAAAACUUGCUUCUGAAACUGCUUAGGUGGAUGGCUCAAUUGGGGGUAGCUUCAAUUGAUGCAUGAUGAUUUAUGGCAAGCAAUUAAAGCUGAGGCUUUGGGGCCUAAUCAUCAAGUUCAUAGCCUCUCUGACGUCCUUGAUGAAUCAAUGCUUGUUCAGUGGCAAGCUCUGGCUGAUGUGGCAAAAGCCAAGUCUUGUUAUUGGAGAUUUGUUAUGCUACAGCUGUCUGUUCUGCGAGCUGACAUUAUGUCAGACAGGAUUGGAACGGAAAUGGCAGAAAUUGAGGCUCUUUUAGAGGAAGCUGCAGAGCUUGUUGAUGAAUCUCAGCAGAAGAACCCAACUUAUUACAGUGCCUAUAAAGUUCGAUAUGUUCUAAGAAGGCAAGAUGAUGGAUCAUGGAGGUUUUGUGAAGGUGAUACUCAAACACCAUCACAAUAAUAUUCAGCCUAAUUCUGGAAGAGUAAUGCUACACACAUUCCCACUCCCAUACUCCCUGACGUGGCUUUUAAAAUCACUAUUGGAUCAAAAUUUAAUAGUGAUCCAUUCAAAAUCUAAUAGUAAUUUUAACAACCACGUUAGAGAGUGUGAAAGUGGGAGUACGGGAGUAGGAGUGUGUAGCAUUACUCAUUCUGAAACGUGAGCCUGCUAUGAGGAGUGUUCUGCUAACUCGUGUCUUUUCCGUCUUCAAUUUCUUAUCUUGCGGAGGAGGCCUGUAAAAAUGAACGUGGAGGGCAGUAGUAAGCUUUUAAAAAUGGUGAAAUGUAUAUCAUAUAAGAUGGGUUUGUUAGAAUAGGGGCAUUCAAAGGAAAUUGAAGCUGAAUUAUUUGGUUAGUGCUGACCAAGUAGUGUAAAGUGUCAAAUGACCUCAUUUAGAAUCUUUGUCAAUUCGUUUCCUAUCAAUAAUGUGAUUGCUAAUUGAGUAAUUAUGGACAAGUGAAAUCAUUUAUAGAAAGGCUCUCAAAUUCAUCAA